AGUGUGCGACACAUGUCUAUACUAUAACCUUUGUUGCCAAGUUUCAGUUUUUAAUAACUAAUUUUCUUUUAAUAAUAGUAUGUGUUAUUGACAGUAUUGAAUACAAUAUAAUAUAUAUUAAGACAAAGAAAUUAUUUUUCAAUAUUGGACUAUUUACGUUAUAAAGGGUAUCUAAGAAAAUUUUAUUAUUAGCCCAAGAUAUCCAAAAAGAAGAAGUUUUUGGCCACGUUGCCAAUUGACACGUUUGAAAUAGCUAACUUCUUUGCAGUAAAUAUCAAAUUCUCGACGUCAAAUUACUGAAUAUUCAAGAAAAUUUGAUGUAGAGAAAUGUGAAUUUAAAUAUGACUUCUACUACAAAAAAUAGUCUAGGAGAAUUAGCUAUUGAAGCUUCAGAAAUAGUUAGCCGGCUAGAGCAAGCAGCCGAAGGCUUACCUAUACCUGAAACUUCCCACAAUCAGACCACUGUAUUUUUGGGAUUAGAAAAGAAACAUACAGAUGAUAUAAUUAAAAUUAUACAUGGACUCGUCAGUACUGAUGAAGAAGGGGAGCCUCUUACCUUUCCUUCUUUGGAUAGUGUUACCAAAUUAGUAAUGAUUUCACAUAGUUUAGCUGUUUAUUGUGGAGGUUUGGAUAGAUCUAUUGUACAGAAGUUGUCCACAAGAUUUACUACAGAUACUACAAGAUGGAUAAUACAAUUAUUUGGUUUUUUGGAUUGUUCAGCAUUUUAUCAUGAAGAUCAUUUAGAGGGAUUAGUAAGAGUGACACGCAUGAUGCUACAUUGCAAAUAUCCAAGAUAUUUAGAAGAUGGAACUCUUGCUUUAAAUAACUCAUUACCUACUAUUUAUAGUAGUGUUGCUAGUCCUCUUGGUAUUGUUCAACAUCUUUGUAGACAGCUAGGCCUACCUCUAGCAUGUGUGAGACCUGUACCUGUCAACACAUACUUUGGUUCUCAGUAUACAAUGGAUGUAUCAGCUUUGCAAAAAAUGUUAGCUGAUGAUGUAACUUCUGGCCGAACUCCAUUAUUAGUUAUAGCAGAUGCAGGUACUCCUGUAACUGGUCACAUUGACAAUAUUUCUAGAAUAAGGGAACUAUGUAAAGUCCAUGGAACUUGGUUGCAUGUUAGAGGACAUAGUGUGGCAGCUUUGGCUCUACCAAAUUACAAUCAAAAGAAUGGAACUAUGCCUCCAAUUGCAGAUAGUUUGACAUUAACACUUGGAAGUUGGUUAGGAAUCCCAGGACUACCUAUGGUUACACUUUACAGGUUAUGGGAUGCUUCUAAUAAUAUAAAUCGUAACAAACAAGUUGGGGUUAGUAGAGAGAGUACUCUUCCCUUAUUAGCUGGAUUAAAUACCGAUCAUCAAAGUAGAAGAAUACUUUCUCUGCCUUUAUGGACAGGAUUACAGAACCUUGGAACAGAAGGUGUGCAUUCCAGAAUUAAAGAAGAUUUUUUGGCUAGUGAAAGACUGUGGUCUGCUUUGGACGUUUUUCGACAAGUUAGAGUUUUGAGUCCAAAACCUGGAGGAGAAAGUGGCACAUACACAGUGGCAGAACUAGUUGCGAAGCCAACUACUAUUCCAGUUUUAAUGGAGUCUACAGCUUGUGCAGUAGUUUUCCAAUUUGUCCCUGAAACAAACGAUGGAGAAUACACUUCCAGAGUUCCUCCAUAUUAUGACAAACUUAAUUCUUGGUUAGGUCAAAUUCUUCAACUUGACGCUCCACAAAUUCCUAUAGACAUUUGUGAAUUGGAGAGUGCAGGUGUGGUGCUUCGAUACUGUCCAUUCGAAAAUGUCUGUGGUCAACAACCAACUACAGAAGAAAUGCAAGCUUUUAUUUUAUGUCUAGAACAACAAUUAGUUAUUUUAAAAGCUACUGUGCAUCAUAGAGAGAGCUUUGUGAAGUUAGUUGAUCUUUCACCUGUGCUUAAGAUUGUUGAUUUACCUGACUGGGCUGGUUUGGGAGGAGUUCGAUACUGUCCUGAAGGCUGGGAACAAUUGCUGACUGAUCAAGCCAAAGAAGAACUUAACCAUUUGAAUAUGGUUCUAGUUGAUACACUCAGAUCAACUGAUGCUGCAUUUUCACUGGGAGAAGGUGCUGACGGUUUGAUGUGUGUUCGUUUCGGAAUGUUAACUCCCGAAUCUGACGUCGAUAAAUUAUUGGAUCUAGUCGUAAGAGUUGGACAGUCUGUCGAGGAAAAUUCUAGGGUCUUAGAUUCUAUGAGUGAGAUCGUUAAGAAAGGUAUUGAAACGGCAACAUUAGAUCUCCAAAAAGAGAAUGAAGAAAGGUUAUGGCAAGAAGGAAUUGUGCGACAUAUACCAAUUGUAGGUACUUUUGUAAAUUGGUGGUCUCCCAAAAUGAAAGAGAGUGGAGGAAUUCGAGGCCGUAGCCUUAACCUUACUCAAGGAGUGGUUGAAUCUACGGAAAAUAUUUACAAGUACCAUAUGCAAAUGGGCCAAGGCGUCGCUCCUGGAGGAAUAACUCCUCCAACACCACAAAUUCAAACACCAAUUGGAGGCAGUCAUUCAAGGUCUAGUAGUCACGCAUCAGCUUCAAGUCAGCAAUCAGCUAUCAAAUCUGAUAGUGCAAUUAAAUUGAACAGUGAGCUUUCUAAAUUAAAUUUGGAAAAUAUUUCAGAGAAAGUCAAUAGUGUGAAUAAGGAAAUAGGUUUAGAGAAUAAUGAAAAGAGUCAUUGUUAAAUGCUAGGCUAAGAAUGUUUUGAUAAAAGUUAUUGUUGCUGUUCAAUCUAUUCCAAUGGUAUACAAUUCAAAUAAUAAAUUUGAACAAUUCAUUGUAACAGAAUGAUUUUUCAGUUGGUUUCAAAAAGUUUAUAUGAGAAUACAAUUUCUGAUAACGCCAUAAAUAUGAUGUUCAAAAAUUGUUCGGUACACCUUAGUGUAUCAAAAAUGUGUUGGUAUUAAAGGGUUAAUAUUUAUUUUUAUAUUAACAACAUAUGCAGAUACUACGGAUCUUUAUAUCAAGAAAUUUGUCUUUUAGAAUAAUUGAAUAUAUACAUUGAUAUUGAAACUCAUUGUUGCAGUCGCCAUCAUAUUUUUCAAAAGUAAUUAAUUACCAAAAUAGUGAUGGUGAUCCAAAACUCACUUGAACUGAGCAGAGAAGUUACUAAACAUAUUCUAUUUUCUCUUUAUAACUAUCUUUCAAUCGUUUGCACAUGUUCAGCUUUUCAUCAUAAUCUGUGUUAAUACUAUGUGUCACAUUAAGUAUUUAUAUCAGUCGUCUAUGUUAUUGAUUCAGCAUUUAUGGCAAUAUAUGUUAGCCACAUAUGCAUCCAUUUGUUUAUUAUAUUAAUUUACGUUAUAUUAAGUGCUAGUUUCAAGUUUCUGGACGUUUUAGCAAUAGUUUUUUAGGAUUUUUGUUCUGUUGAGACAUUUUCAUUUAAUAGAACUGAAGUUCUCUGUUUCAUCUAAAAAGUUAUGUCCCUAUAGUUUAGAAUACCAGUAAUGUUCUGUUGUUGUUUGCCAGUUUUAAUGGUUUUCAAACAUUUGUUAGGAACAAAUACUUCCAUUCAUCCAUUUGAAUUAGCUCUAUGAUUAAGCUAAACAGUUUUGGUAGCAGGUUAAAAAUCUUCAAUAAUAAUAUUUUUAAAAUGCCCUAUUCAACCGAUUUGAACACAAUCUGAGUAAUGAAGUAUUGAUGGAAAAUAUUUCUAUUUUGAAAGCUGGAAUCAUCUUAAGAAUCUAAAAUUCAUUUAAAUUUUGAUCAUUGACAAGCUCCACUGAGGAGAAUCUUAAUAAAUAUUUUAUUUUCAUAACUUUUAAUUACCAUAACAUCCCUUUGAAAAAGUUAAUUGUCCAUUCUUAUCUUGUAUCAGGUUAAAAUUGUUGGUUAUAGUAUUAGAAGAUAACAACAAAUAGAAAUAAAUUACUAUCUGAAGAAAAUAUGUGGAAAAUAAGAAUAAAAAAAUUAUCUACACACAAAAGUUGAAAAUAAAUAUUUCAGAGAAAAAACAUUGUUCUGGAUCUCAUUCGAUUUGGCCAAUUUGUGAUAAAAGAUGUCCAAAAUCAAAUGACACUUCACACACAAAAAAAACUGAGGAAUUAGUAGAAAUUGAUUUACAUGUGCUAUCGACAUCCCAAAUUCGCGGCUGCACACUUUAUUGACGCAAAAAUAGUUAUACGUUAUUGAAUUGAAAGUUAUGCCUAUAAGGUAAAAACCUAAAUAUUGGAUAUAGAAUCGAGUUCUUAAAUUUCAUAAACGUCAUUUCUUUUCAUAAAGCAAAUAAAUUGAAUCUUCGCGCCUCUUCUACAUCUUAUUCCUCAAAUUGAGUGAUUUAGUUGCUUAAUUUAUCUAUAAAAAAUUUCAUUAAUAUCUCACAUAAUAUUUUAUAUAUGAAAUACAAUUGUUACAUAUUAUGAUAUAUAUUGAAUAAUCCACUAAACAAUAAUAAAUUCAGAAUGUGGUCAUUUUAAGUUCCAUCAUAUAAAAUAAACAAUCAGCUUUUUUAUUGUGCACCUUUGAUUUAUCCACAUUCUUCAAUUUUUAUAUCUAUAGUGAAUAUAGACCUUUGCAUUUACUUAUAUGAGUACAGCAGAUAUCAAAUUUACUUUUGAAUAUUACCAUUCUAUAAUAGUAAGGUCAGUAGUUAUUUUAUAUAGUUAACUUGAUAUUUAAAGCAGAAUGUGCAAUGUAAUAAGCUAAAGUAAAAUGUAUAAAAGAGAUUUUGAUAAAGAUUAGAAAUUUCUUCACAAUGCCAGUUGUUAAUAGUUUUUAUUUAUCAAGAAAAUCAAUUAAAAGAGUCAAAAGAAAUAAAUUGUGCUCACAAUUACUGAAUUGUAGUUGUAAUUAUUAUAAUUUUCAUAAAAUAGAAGUGUUGAAGUUGUUUUAUUUAUUUAAAGUUAUUUUUGUUAUCAGUAUUUAUAUGUUUAGGUAUAAUUUCUUGCACUCUUUCUUAUUAUUUUUAAGCUUUUACCAAAAAGUGUGAUUGCUUUCGUAUUUUAAUACAUUUUAUGUUAACACGAA